AAAUCAUCCUUCUCAAUCCCGUUCAAGAUUGCCUCAACUUUCCUCAACCCAUCAAACCCCAAGCAGAGGAUCCCUUCCCUUCCCUUCCAUACAAACUCUUGUUCCACAAUUUGAUCAAGAAGGCAAAGAAGUUUGUCCCCAUUACUUUGAUAUACUUCCCAUUUUAUUCAUUUCACACAAAGAAGAGAGACCUUUAAUAAACCCCCCGGCAAUUACCAUAAACAACCAGCCGCCCCAAGCAUACCCAAUUGAUACCAAACCGGCGACAAAUUCCUUAAUACCCUCCGAUAGCUGAACUGCUUACACUCAGCCAAUUUCAUUCUUGUCAACCAACAAACUCGGGAAGCUAUCCUCCGCUUGGUCGCAACCCCCUACGGCCUCAUCGACAAUUGAAACAACUACGAUAAUUAUCGAGCUGAGAUAUCAUCGCAAUUGAUACCAUCCAUUAGACUGACCGAGAUGUCGUCGAACGAUGUAUCGCCAGAGGCGAUGCAGUCGCGUAUUCAGCAGGCUCGUCGUGAAGCAGAAUCCUUAAAGGAUAGGAUAAAGCGCAAGAAGGAUGAUUUGGCAGACGCAACGUGUGAGUACUUAAUCAUAUUUCAGCUUUCACAACGAUCUUCGGUUUCAUCGGCAAAUGUUGUUGAUCUCUGCGAUUGUAUGCUAAUUAUUCAUGUUACAGUGAUGAACCUUGCGAGGGCUCAGCAAGAAGCUUUACCAAAGAAUCAAAUGUUAAAGACUCGAAAGACAUUAAAAGGACAUCUCGCAAAGAUUUAUGCAAUGCACUGGUCGACGGAUAGAAGGCAUUUGGUAUCAGCAUCGCAAGAUGGUAAAUUAAUUAUUUGGGAUGCGUACACAACGAACAAGGUUCACGCCAUUCCUCUAAGAUCUUCAUGGGUCAUGACUUGUGCCUAUGCACCAAGUGGUAACUACGUCGCCUGUGGUGGAUUGGAUAACAUUUGUUCCAUCUAUAACUUAAAUUCCAAUCGCGAUGGACCUACGCGGGUUGCCAGGGAACUUUCUGGACAUUCUGGAUACCUAUCUUGCUGUCGAUUCAUCAAUGACCGAGCUAUCCUUACAUCUUCCGGAGAUAUGACAUGUAUGAAGUGGGAUGUCGAAACAGGAUCAAAGGUCACCGAGUUCGCAGAUCAUUUGGGUGAUGUCAUGAGCAUCAGUAUAAACCCAACUAAUCAAAAUACAUUCGUUUCAGGUGCUUGCGAUGCGUUUGCUAAACUUUGGGAUGUUCGUGCCGGCAAGGCUGUUCAAACUUUCGCAGGACAUGAAUCAGAUAUCAACGCCAUCCAAUUCUUCCCAGAUGGACACUCAUUUGUCACCGGUUCCGAUGAUGCUACUUGCAGACUCUUCGAUAUUCGUGCUGAUAGAGAACUCAACCAAUAUGGAGUAGGUCUUUACCUUUCAGGUCCCAUAAAUUUGUCACUAACAAUGUCUAGCAUGAGUCCAUCCUCUGUGGGAUCACAUCUGUUGCCUGCUCUGUAUCUGGUAGACUGUUGUUUGCUGGUUAUGAUGAUUUCGAGUGCAAGGUAAGUCAUUAUAAAUCUACUCAUUCCUUCAAAGGACUAUGAUUUUAACCUCUCUUCUAGGUAUGGGAUAUCACUCGUGCCGAAAAGGUUGGAUCACUGGUUGGCCAUGACAACCGUGUCAGUUGUUUGGGUGUUAGUAACGAUGGAAUGAGUUUGUGCACUGGAUCAUGGGAUUCAUUGGUGAGUGGAAAUAACUUUUUUAUUCGUUUUCCUUUCUCUUUUUUUCAAACUAACUUUUCCAUUUCUUUCUUCAGCUCAAACUCUGGUCCACAUAACUUACAAUAUUUUACUCCCACUUCCAGCUCAAGGUUUGGGCCAUGUAGAUCUGGCCUAUUAUUUCGACGAUAACGAAUUCUCGUCGCAUGCGGUGUCAUUUUCAACUGGCACUUCGUUUUUACUUAAUCACCUCCCAAAUACGACUCUUUAAUAUUCGUGACUUUCGACAUAGAUUGGUCGAAGUCUUUAUAACAGUCUCCCUUAUACUUAAGCGACAGAGAUGGUCCUUCCCGAUUAAAACAAGGGACCCAACAAAGCUGCGCAUCUCAGAUUCUGUGCACAAUAAUUCUUCAUUUCGAUGUUCUUGUUUCUAUGGGAGGUCCUAUUGCAUUGCUUUUCAUCAGCGUUCUUAAGCACUGGGACCUUGCGACGAUAUCCUGGAGAAACCUUUUGGUUUCAACUUUACUACACUCUCACACACACACACUACAUCUUCCAAAUUUCUUCCUCCGUGUCUUUCUUUUUUUGCAUUAUCAAAAUCUUCGAGGGGCGGUUAU